UUUAGUGUUUAACUAAACAGUAGGGUGGCCAAUCUUUCACGUCCAGUAAUAGGAGAUGAUGUAUAUAUAAAGUUUUGUAUGAGUCAAUGAGCAGUUUCUCUUGGAACUUCAGUGUUCGAACAUCGACAAUGUUGCUGUUGAUCUCAGUUUUGUGUUUUUGCACGGUUGUCACACGUGAGGCCGUUGCUGCACCUGCGUUGGCCAAAACCCACCAAUAUGUAAAACCACUUCCCGGACUCAUCCCUGUUUAUAUAAGACCAGACAACACACCGCUAGAAGAUAUCAAUCCAGAUUUGGCAGAAGCUUUCGAAUUUUAUGAAGCAAAACAUGGCAGACUCAAUUUUGGUCGAUCUUCAAAAAGUAAAGAAGAUGAUAAAAUCGACAUAGCUGAAGUCAAUCUACCGGAAGAGGAUAAUCAUAUAGCACCACCAAAAGAGCAUAAGGAAACAGUAAUCAACCUGAAUGAUCUAUCCCUUGGUGUACCUGUAGCUAUAGCACUACCAGAAGUGCCAGAAUCAACAUUUAUACAUAUACAAAAGAUUCCUAGGAGGCACUCUUCGUGACAUAACUUAUUUCAAUUAUUGUAAAUAUUGUGUAAGGAAUAAAACUUAAAUUAUACUAUC